GCCAGGAGGAAGCGGCCGCGCCGCAGCUGCGGGGCGUGGGGGCGGUGGCGGCGGCGGCCAAGGCCGAGGCUGAGGCGGCGGAGGCUGUGGUGAAGGCGGCAGCGCCCCAUCGGGGACGGUGCUCCCUUGGGCCCCCUUUUAGGCCCCAUGGAUGCGGCGGCAGGCGGGGGCUGCGCCUCCGGGCCGCAGCUGCUGCUGAGCGAGGGCGAGCAGCAGUGCUACUCCGAGAUCUUCGCGCGGUGCACCGGCGCUGCAGGCGUGGGCUCAGGGUCCGGGCCCCCUGAGGCCGCCAGGGCCGCUCCCGGUACAGCCACCGCAGCCGCGGGCCCCGUGGCCGACCUGUUUCGGGCGUCGCAGCUGCCCGCCGAAACGCUGCACCAGAUCACAGAACUGUGUGGUGCCAAGCGGGUUGGUUAUUUUGGUCCAACGCAAUUUUACGUUGCCUUGAAGUUAAUUGCUGCAGCACAGUCCGGCCUCCCUGUGAGGAUUGAGAGUAUUAAAUGUGAAUUGCCGCUGCCUCGCUUUACGAUGUCAAAGACUGAUGGUGAGAUACGAUUCGGGAACCCAACUGAGCUGCAUGGAACUGCGGUUCAGAUUCCAUAUUUAAUCUCGGAAAAAAAUACCUUCAAAAGAAUGGAUGAUGAGGACAAACAGCAGGAAACACAGUCUCCCACGAUGUCACCCCUCGCUUCCCCUCCUUCUUCUCCGCCUCAUUACCAGAGGGUGCCCUUGAGCCAUGGCUACAGCAAAUUGCGGAGCAGCACGGAGCAGAUGCAUCCAGCUCCUUAUGAAGCUAGACAACCACUUGUCCAGCCUGAGGGACCCUCGUUGGGGGGCCAAGGAGCCAAGCUCCCUCGGCAUCAGGCUUCCCUUAUCCGGUCCUUCUCAGUGGAGAGAGAACCACAGGAUAACAGCAAUUACCCAGACGAACCCUGGAGGAUUACAGAAGAGCAGCGCGAGUACUAUGUCAACCAGUUCCGAUCCCUUCAGCCAGAUCCGAGUUCCUUCAUUUCAGGUUCAGUGGCCAAGAACUUCUUCACCAAAUCAAAGCUUUCCAUUCCAGAACUCUCCUAUAUAUGGGAGCUCAGUGAUGCUGACUGCGAUGGAGCCCUAACUCUACCUGAAUUCUGUGCUGCAUUUCAUCUCAUUGUGGCCCGGAAAAACGGCUACCCACUGCCCGAGAGCCUCCCUCCAACUCUGCAGCCCGAGUACCUGCAAGCAGCUUUUCCCAAGCCCAAGCGGGAGUGUGCUUUAUUUGAUUCUUAUUCCGAGUCAAUGCCAGCAAACCAACAACCCCCUGACUUGAACCGGAUGGAGAAGCUGUCUGUUAAAGACAUGGCUGACUUUCCUGUUCCUACCCAAGAUGUGACUGGUGAUGACAAACAAGCUUCGAAAAGUACUACAGAUGAAGCUUUGCCAAAGGACGUGUCUGAUGAUCCAGCCACUCCUAAGGAUUCCAGCAGUCUCAAAGCAAGACCGAGAUCCAGAUCUUACUCUAGCACCUCCAUAGAAGAGGCCAUGAAAAGAGGCGAGGACCCACCCACCCCGCCACCGCGGCCACAGAAAACCCAUUCCAGAGCCUCCUCCUUGGAUCUGAAUAAAGUCUUCCAGCCCAGUGUGCCAGCUACUAAGUCUGGAUUGUUACCACCACCACCGGCGCUCCCUCCGAGACCUUGUCCAUCACAGCCGGAACAAGCGUCUGAGGCCGAGUUACACUCCCAGCUGAACAGAGCCUCCUCUCAAGCUGCAGAGAGUAGUCCAACAAAGAAGGAUGUGACAUAUUCUCAGCCUCCAUCAAAGCCUAUCCGUAGGAAACUACGACCUGAAAAUCAAGCUACAGAAAACCAAGAGCCUUCUACCACCGUUGGCGGGCCAGCUUCUGCAGGAACCAUGAAGCCCCAUCCAACAGUCCAGAAACAGUCUUCCAAGCAGAAGAAGGCUAUUCAAACUGCAAUCCGCAAAAAUAAAGAGGCGAAUGCAGUGCUGGCUCGGUUGAACAGCGAACUCCAGCAGCAGCUCAAGGAGGUUCAUCAAGAACGGAUUGCAUUGGAAAACCAAUUGGAACAACUUCGUCCAGUCACCGUGUUGUGAUCACCCAAGGUCCAAGUAAUAUAGUGGGUGACCUUUUCUGCCAAGAUCUUUCCUUCGAAUGUUUCCAUCCAACUACUUGUCAUAGAUGUCUGACUGUGUCAAAAGCUGUGAGCAGCAGAAUAGAAUCCAUGUCGCUUUUUCUCUUGUACUUCACUCAUAUGUUUUACUGUGGUGGAAAAAUACAACUGAUUAUCACACUUGAAAUUGUAAUUAUCAGUGGAAUUUCUCUCCCAUUCUUAAGUACUUCCUCAAGGUGUUAGAUGUCGCUCCUUACCAAAAUUCAAUCUUCUAGCAAAUAACAAUUUAGAGCAUUAUUUAUUUGAAGAAUUUAUGAUUUGUACAAAACCUUGUAAUCAGUACGUUCAGGAUGCUUGUUCUAUUUUUGUAUGUAUAUCAUGUACAGUAGGUUGGUUUCCUGAAUAAUUGGACAUCUAACUGGAUAGUCUUUGGCAUGAUGAUAAUAACAACAAAAACUAAAAUAUAACAAAAGCAUCAGAUUUAGACUGGCGCUGUGCCCUCCACCACCAUCUGCCAAAAAUUGCUUCUCUAGUGCCAUUUUGAUAUUAUAUCUAGCUAUAAAUAAUACAUGACUAUUGUUUUCUACUGAAUGUCGAAGACUUACUGGGUCUUUACACCUCUAUAAAGUGGACGUUUUGUCAGUGAUCUAUUGAACUUGGCCCAGCUCAACCCGGAUAACUCAGUCCUUUCAUGUAAAUUUUUGGACAAGAGCAAUGUGCUUUAACUGCCUUGCCCAAUCACAUUAAAUAAAUAGUUGCCAGAUCUCUACUUUUACCCUGCAUGGGAUAACAUAUCUGUAAGUGCAUGAUUUGGGCACUACCCAUCAAAUAGGAGAGGCUGAUGAGACUGUUUAGACUGAUAAAUAUUUGUUGUUUGAACCCAGGUUUUCAAACUGGGGAAGAAGGGGAGAAAUGGUUGUUACCAACAAUCCAGUGAUCUCUGGUAAUUAUUUUUGUCUGUUAUUUUAACUUGGAUUGUGAGUGUAUUAUUGGGUAUGAAGAAAUGAUGAAAGGAAGCCAAUUCUGACACUGGAUUUACAACUAUUUGGUUCUCUGUGCAGUGUGCCCUUGGGAACUGAUUGGUUUAUGUGCAGUCCAAAGGGGCCCAACUGGCUCUUGUGUAAGUGAUGUAAAACAGCGAGCUCAAAUUGCAGAAGUCAGCAUCCUAUAGAAAUUCUGAUAGCUGCUGCAUCUCCUGAAAGCUCAAGUUGAAAGUGGGAAGUGACCAGCCGUCACAGGGAUCAGGGCACACCAGCUUUAACAUCACUUUGAGAGACUGAUGGCAAGAAAUGCUGUCUCCUAUGCAUUUUACUACUUUACUCAUUCUUAGGAUUGAGGGCUGGGUUGUGCCUAGGGUCCUUUGAAAGUGGCUUAGGAUAGGUAUGCAGCAUGUGAGAUGAAGCCUUUGAUUUCAACAGAGUUGACAGCUUUUGGAAAAGUCGGAGUUUAUUUAAUGCUUCCUUAUUCCAUUGGCAGGCUUUAUCAAUAGCUUAAUGGCAGAAGAGAAAGGCUCAAACAGAUGCUGUUUUUCCAAAGGGGGAAAAAAAACCCCACUUGAUUCUAUUCUGUGCAUAUGAAAGGCUUUUGAAUUUAUUUGAUUUUGAAAAUCACAAAUCUUGAAUAUUUCUCUAUUCCCCUUUUUCUUCCCUUUUGGCUGCCUUUUUAUUCCCCCUCUCCCCCCAUAGGAAGGGUUUGGAAUCAGUUUAAACCCUUCCUAAGAUCAUGAAUGGGUCAUUGCAAAGGUCACCUCUUCUCCCAUGUUCUGAGAUCUGGGGGCUGCAACACAUUUUAUCAACAGUGUCCUUGUUGCAGACAUUUUACAGCAUGUUUGCCUUUUGUUACAUUCAAUCCAGGAAAGACUAGUAUGUGCACUUUAUCUGAUAAUCUUCCAGUACAUGUCCACUCACUCGAGAUAGUAAGCAGACAUACAAACUAAGGAAUGUUACUCGAUAUCAUGCAUUUUUAAAAUAGUGACAUGUCUUCCCCAUUGAGCCAACACCAGAGUGAGCCACAUUAGGUUGGGGUUUUGUUUUGUAAGCUUAAGUUUUCAUGAAAGGAAAAAACUUGCAUUGGACAAUCAAAGCCCCAUGAGUUGCAUAGUCUCACGAAUACUUUAAAGUGGGCAUUGCAUGAAAGCACACACCAGUAAUAUCUACACCUAACCUUCCUGACUGGACUUACAUAGUGACCACAGUUUAUUAGUUGCUUACAAGUGGAUUUAAAAAACAAAACAAAUACAAACACAUAUACAUACUUAUACUUACAUAUUAAUACCUAAGUAGUGCUCGUCCUGUACUUCUGUUUUUUUUAGGAUGUGCACUUUUAAUUUAGGAUUACAACUCCUGAUCAUGUCUCUGUGAGCCUUUACUGUGAUUUAUAGGAAGGCUGGGUUAUUGAAAUCACCAUUAUACCUCUUUGGUGAAACUACUCCAAAAUCAGACAUGCUUGUUGGGCAGAACUCUGGGGACAGAAGGCCGGUGUUGCCUCCAUCCGUGGGGAUUUAAUAACCUUGUUAAGUGGUCCCCUCCACAGGGGUCCUGUAUUCCCAAGGAUGAAAGCACAGGAGUUGAUAACAGGCAUAUUGGAUAUCUCAGUAUCUCUCGUAUGUGGCAAAUUGUUUUUGCAACCUCCCUCUCCAGCAGAUGUGAAGCAAAACCAAAAGGUAUAUAUCCAGAAUGGAGUUGUCCUCCAGGCAGGUAUUUGUUUUAGUUGGAAGGAUCUAAUUGCUUUAUUAAUAUUUGAGAAGUGCUUUGGACCUGCCUGGGAGAGGAGGCAGUUUAGCUGGAAGCUAUGCCCGUUUUCCUGUCAUUGGAGACUAGGAAGUCUGAGCUGAGAGGACCUGUGCCCGUCUCUUGCUGUUUGUUUGUGGGGAAACCGAGGCCCUGAGAAACUGCAUUUCCUAGCCCAAGAAUCCAUAGAAAGAGGUAACUACUGGCAGAGUUGGGAUGCCAGCGUGAUCUUAUGGAUUCUAAGUUAUGGUCUCUAGCAAUAUUCAAACUAGAUUAGAAGGGUUUCUUCUAUUCACCUAGUUGAAUUUUAUGUACUUAAAAUAUCAGUCUUAAAAUAUCAAAACAUGUUUUAAUGAGUUUUAGAUCUAGCUAGUUCUCUUGGAUUGAUACAAAAAAUAAAAUCUGAAGGGAAAAAUAUGAUUGAACUAUUUGUUCUUCUGAACACCUCACCUUUCAUGAUGCAAUAAAUUACUCUGAGUUUCUUGGCAGAACUUUUGAGAGCUGUUGCUUUGAAUGGAUUCCAUUCCUGUAUUCCUUAUGAGAGUUUGUUUUUAAAAUAGACUACUGUGAUUGAAAUGCACUCAAUAUGUAAUAAGUUAUAGUUUUCUUCAGUGUAUCUUUGGUUACUUGGGUUGCAAAUGUUCAAUUUCAGCAUACUUUUGGGUGAGUGAUCAAAACUUGAGUUUUCCUUUGAUUUCCUACCAAUGUCUGAACUAUUAUGAAGCAUUCUUCUCAUAUGUGACUUGAUUCUGUAGUCUGCUUCUAAAUGAAAUUGUCUAUUUCUUAAAUGAUCUCACAAUCAUGGUAAUAAUAGAUGUAUACUCGUAAGAUCAAUAAGAAAAUAAUCUGGAACAGAGAUGUGUUUCUUGCAAUUAAGACAAGCUUUUGCAAAUGUCUUCUUCUAAUCUGUAGUUUGAAAGAUCUCGAUUACAGUAUAAUGCCUUAGAGCUAAAAACAUUUGUUCAACACGAACUAGAAUCACACCUCCUGGCUAGAUAUCACCAAGGGAAUGUGAUUUUAAACAUAUAUAAAAAAAUCAAAUAUCAUAGCAACCAGGUCUUUCCAUAUUAUUGACAAGUAGGACUCAGUAGGUUGUAGUUUGAAAAUUAUGAAUGUGAACAGAAUGAAAUAUCCAUCGAGAGGCCUUUUUCUCCUCUAGUUAAAUAGAACAAUGGUAACUGGUUUCUCUUUCCAACUGGUUUACUCUGUUUCAAAUGCACUCUUCUAAAACUGUUCAAAGGAUCACUUGAAUUUACACUUUAGUUAUUGGUGUUUUGUUAUGGGUUUUUUGCAUCAUAACGCAAUGUGGUUCAAGUUCCUAGUAAGAAGUGCAAAUUUGGUUCUUUGAAGUCCCGAGCUGGCAUAGCUUGCUUCUCCUUUGGCACAAGCUAAGGGAGACUGCCCACCAAUGCCAACAGAUCAGUCACUGAGGGAUAUUUGAGUGUGCAUCUUCCUCUGUGGGCCACCCUGCUUUGCUUGUUUGCAAUGAGAAAUGCAUCUAGUAAUGUGACCCUCCCGAGAGCAACUGUAAGAACAGCAGACAUGGAGGGCCAGACUUCAAAAGCAAAGGCAGAUUCUAGGAGCUGCUUCCUUCCUGAAAAACAGGCUUUCAGAGGCUGCCUUACAAGCAUUCUCUGAAACAGCCAGUCUGUUCUGUGAGCAAGACAUUCCUGGUAGAUAGUUGCUUUUAGGCUUCUGUCGUUAUUUUCUCCAUUGACUAACACACAUGCUGUGAAAGGCACCCUUUCUAAAAGGCAUUGAAGGGUUUCAAGUGAGAGGACUUGUUCUAUUCGAUUGUCGGAAAGUCAUGACACAUUUUUGCAAUGAAAAACAGAAAAAAUGCGUCAUGAUUUUUCCGACAACCCAAUAGUUACAGAAGCCUUACUCUGCUCUUAACAUUGGGGAGUGUUGAUGUUUCGUGUUUUGUGACUUCUCCUGUCUUGCUCUAAGCGAAGUUCAUGGCUAUGUGAGGUUGAAGAAAGUGGGUUUAUGACUCUGAAGACCAGAGGACACUGGCUUGAACUGGAAUUUGGGGACUAGAAUAAGGAAACGUUCAGGUACCAGUUCCAUCCUCACGCCUCCUGUCAGACAACAGGACUAGAUCCCAAAGCUUCUUCAGUUGAUGUAAUAACCCCAUUGUUCAACGAUUGGGUCAGCUGAGUUGUGUUGUUUUCCUUUGUUUUAAGGCAACUUGUGUGAGGGCUUCAACUGCACCCACCUCAGGAGCCGGAUAUACCCUUUUCUUUAGCACUGCCAUUCUUUUUGUCUUCAGCACAAUACGAUGUUCAAGUGAGCCCCAGGCGGGAAGAGCCAUUUUAGUUUUUGUAGCAGUGGGCCAGGAGAAAUGAUGAGCUGAUGGUCUAUUUUAAUCUCAAAAGUAAAAAUGUAUAUUUUUUCACGACAGGUACAUUGAACAGUAAAAUGAGUAACAGCAAAAUAUAUAUUUGAUGCCUUCUGUCUUUUCAUGAUAAUGUGCUAACAAGUUGUGUUAAUAUUUUACUCAGCCAGAGUUUCAUUCAUUUGUUAAGCAUUGGGAACAUUAUGUAUAUUGAUCUUAAACAUAAAUAUAGGGUAUCCUAUAUUUGGAUUGUGACUUGUAAACUCAAGCUAACCUUACUGCCUCUUUUUCACACUUGUUGGAAAGUCUGUGAAGAACAUAGGUUAAGAAUCUCCAACUUUGGAAAAUGUACAUGAUGUGAAACUGGGGUGCUCUGUUAAAAAUAAAUAUAUGAUAACUAAGUGUGGGU